AAUAGUACACUCAGCAUCUACUAAUCCAGUAGAAGAGAAAAACAAAAAAAACUUUUGAAUUCUCCAUUGAUCUGCUAUUUUUGACUUCCACAUUCACCGGAAUUUAUCCAGAUUUACCGGUCUUUGUUUUUCCGGCCGAAACCAUGCCAGAGCUGGUUCAAGCAGCACAAGUCUACGCGCCGACGAGAACUUUACAAAUUUGGAAAUCGCUACUGAACUGGCUAGCUUUCUUCUUCCAGAUCUUUGUUCAGAUCCUCAGAGGAACGCCUUGUGUAACUCAGGUUCUAUCCUACUUUGGCGUUCGCAAUAGCUCUCUUCUCUCUUCCUCUCCGCAGUUCAAGCCGUUGCCUGACGUUGAGCCGCCGGAGAAGGAGGAGGCGCCGCCGACAUCAUCCGUUGCUCUCUCGACUCUGCAAAUCACCACCGGAAGUGUCCCGAUUAGUGUUGAGGAGGAACGUUUACAGAGGCUCACGGUGGUUCUUGACUUGGAUGAAACUUUAAUUUGUGCAUAUGAGACAUCAAGUUUGCCUACCAUCAUUUGCACCCAGGCAACAGAGGCUGGGUUGAAGUGGUUUGAGCUUGAGUGCGUAUCUUCGGAAAAGGAAUAUGAUGGCAAACCUAAAAUCAACUAUGUCACAGUUUUUGAACGUCCUGGAUUACAUGAGUUUCUAAAACAACUCAGCGAGUUUGCUAAUCUGGUCUUGUUUACUGCUGGACUUGAAGGAUAUGCAAGACCCGUUGUUGACAAAAUUGACCUUGAGAAUCUGUUUAGCCAUAGGCUUUAUCGUCCUUCAACUAUUAGCACGGAAUUCCGGGAACAUGUGAAGGAUCUGUCAUGCAUAUCAGAGGAUUUAUGCCGGAUUGUCAUUGUUGAUAACAACCCAUUCAGUUUCUUAUUACAGCCUUUAAAUGGAAUCCCAUGCAUUUCAUUUUCUCCUGGACAACCCCAUGACAACCAGCUUUUGGAAGUAAUCCUUCCACUUCUCAAGCAUCUAUCUGAGCAGACGGAUGUAAGGCCUGUGCUUCGCGAAAGGUUUCAAAUGCCCGAAUGGUUUCAAAACCAUGGAAUCCCUACUUGUGAAUUCACAAAUAUACGAUGAACUUUUGCAAAUAAUUUUUUUUGCUAUUCCAGGAGACAUGACACACCUAUACUCUAAAUUUGUUGUACAAGGUUAGUGCCUCUUCACCGGUAGAACAAAUUUUUGUAUAGAUUAUUUGUGCAGAGGAGUAGCCUAGCCAUCUAUGAAUUCCCAAAUUUAUAUAUCUAUUUAGAUUCUUUUGUAACUUUGUUUAUAGCUUCCAUUGUGAGAAGAUAUUCAUGUAUGUGCAAUUGUUAUAAAUAGUGAUUUCCAAUAUUUAUACCUUCUCUCACCAAAAUUUAUGUAUAGAUUUGAUGAUUAGUAGCUCUCUCCAGCAGUUGCUAAGUGUUAAAAUAUUUUUUGUGGCUACAGUAUUAUUAUUCCUGGUCUUUUAAGUAAAUUUUGUAUUUUUUCAAUUUCUAAAAUCCUUGGAGGCUAUAUGCAACAACAACAACAAACACAGUGUAAUUCCACAAGUGAGGUUUGGAGAGGAUGGAGUAUAUGCAGAUCUUAUAUCUACCCCUACCUUGAAAGACAGAAAAAUUGUUUCUGAUAGAUCCUCGGUCAAGGUAAAGCAUACCAAGGCCAAAGAGUAGAGGCUAUAUGCACAACUAAACAUGUAGAGACUGUUUCUUUAGCUUUUUAUCAAGAAUAUUCUCUAGUAAAAUCAAAGGAUUAGAGGAAUGGACCUCCAAGGCCAUUGAUUGUGUUUGAGA